CACGAGCCGCGUAUUGUCGCUGUUCUCUUCACGCGACUCCAGCGGUGCAUCUGCAGCAGCUCACCUGUCUGUGUGUGUUUGUGUGUGUGUGUGUGUGCGCGUGUGUUUAUAUGUAUAUGCGCGCGCCCUCUCGUGUGCGCGUGUGUUGCUCAGUGCAAGGACCCAAACCUGGACACACGUUUGAAGGAGAUCCUGCCCUCAUAUGCAGAGGCAGAGAUAAACCAAUGAGGAGGCUGCAGCAACACAACAAUAGCUGUCCACUCUGUGACUAAUCUGUGUGCUGAAGUAUCUUCUGUUAUCAUGGCAAAGAGCCCGGAGGUUAAAGUGGCUGUUUUUGGAAGAGCUGGAGUGGGGAAAUCAGCGUUGGUGGUGAGGCUCCUGACCAAUCGUUUCAUCUGGGAGUAUGACCCUACGCUAGAGUCUACAUACAGACAUCAAGCCAGUAUCGAUGAUGAGACGGUCAGCAUGGAGAUUCUGGACACAGCUGGACAGGAAGACUUGCUGCAGAAGGAGGGUCACAUGCGCUGGGGUGAUGGAUUCGUUCUGGUUUAUGACAUCACCGACCGCAGCAGUUUUGAGGACGUGGCUCCGCUGCGCAGUCUGCUUGAGGAGGUGAGGAAGCCACGCCACGUGCCCCUGGUGCUAGUGGGCAACAAAGCCGACCUGGAGCACGCGCGCCAAGUGGCCACAGAGGAGGGCGAACGUCUGGCCGCCGACAUGGCGUGUGCUUUCUACGAGUGCUCGGCAUGUUCAGGCACAGCGGGCACCUCAGGCACCGCAGGCACCGUGGCCGAGGCUUUCCACGAGCUGUGCCGCGAAGUGCGUCGUCGCCGUGCUGUCCAGGGCAAAAGCCGGCGCCGUAGCUCCACCACUCACGUCAAACAGGCCAUCAAUAAGAUGCUCACUAAGAUCAGCAGCUAGGGAGAGACGACAAGAGGAGGACAGAGUGGCUAAAGGAAACGGGGGGAUAAGUCACAAUUGCCUAGAGAGCUGGCUUUUCACAGAAAAGUGAAAGCUUUGCUGUUCUGGAUGGACAAAAGAAACUCAGUCACUUUUUAUUAAAAUCCCAUCAAUCUACAUUAUCGAUCCAACAAAACAAUACAGGACUAAAUAAAGUGUAAACAACACAAGGAGGUCAGACAAGUGUACAAAAUGUCAGUUUUGUAAAAUUUAGAGUACUCUUUUACUGACACACACAGAUUUUCCAUUGUGUCCUGUGCCACAGCUCGUAUCAUACAGGAAUGUUUUCUCAAGGCCUUCCCUGUGUAUAUUUGUUUUCUAGGCUGUAAUGAUUAUCAGAGUGACAGAUUACUCCAGAUCGAAUUCGCUCUUCGCCUGUUCGCUGCAUGUUGACCCGUUCGAGACAGUUAUCAAAUAAAUCAUCGUCCGCCCUCAUAAUAAAGUCGAAUGUCAUUUUUUUGUAAUCAGAAAUAUUUCCUGGUCCUCCUCUGCAAACAUCUUGGAACAUGUUUAUUCUAAAGAUUAUAUCUUAACCCUGGGCAUUUUUCUCUCUGGAAUGGAGUGAAGCAGUAAAAGAUGGGCCUUGAAGCAGCUGGUGUUUUUAAGAGCCUUUCCUCAAAGAGAGUUUCUGCUCUUAUCACUUGCAUGUUACAACCCACAUGGACUUGUUUAUCUAUCUAUUCUCUAUCUCUGUCCUUGUUCAUUCUUAAGGGAGACAUUUUAAAAUUUACCUUUAAUUCUGUACAGUAUAUAACUGCCUUAAUAUCUCAAAUGAAUCGUCAGAUGAUGUGUACAGGAAAUCUGGCAAUUACAGCCGAAGUAGCCAUGGUAACAUGCUAGCAUGUCUCGGGCCAGGUUUUUGUAAUUAAAAACGGUGGCAUAUUGUAAUAUAAGGAGCAGUGUGAGAUGGCAUACCACACUGUCUUUCUGGCUGUGCACUAAAUAAAGAUGACAGAGAAAUAUAUAUAAAUG